UAGGUUAAAGUAAAGCAAUAAGCCAUGACAAGCCAUGUGUUAGUGAUUUAUCAAAGGUAAAGGUGUUAUUAGGCACAGAUUAGCAGACAACAUAUCAUAAAAUAUGACAAAAUCCACAAUUCCCAAUAAAUAUUUGAGCAUUGUUAUGAAUGAUAAUCAUGAUAAACAUUUAUUCUGGCAAAAAUGGACUAUGGCUUAAGGAGGACAAGGAUUUUCAGUCACUCAUCACAUUUCAUGAACCUUUGUCAUUUAAAAAUGACCAUAUCCAAAAAUAACAGGGUUUGCAAAAACCUUCACCUCAGAAGUAGUUUGGGCUGUAGUAUCAAUUCUAAUUACCGCGAUUGUCUCUGUGUGAUUUUGAGUCUUCUACUGGCACCAAGUUAACACCAUCGUCCCUUCUAACAUACUGGGGCUGAACCUUAAGUGACUAGUGCACCAAAGUUUUUGAUAUUAAACCUCACACUUGAAUCCCUUCCCCUCCAUUUGUACCCACAAACAGGUAUAACCAUACCAACCAACUACAUAACCAAGAAAAAUACACUAAUUAUGCCAAAUAGAAAGCUAUAAUAUUUAAUGAAACUACUUAUGUACAAAGAAAAUGUUUACGUUUACACCAGUAUAAAAGGGUGCAAAAGCAGGAGAAUUUGCUAAAAGGCAUGACUGAGGGAAGAGGUAGAGCUCUAGAGAGAGGAGGAGGUGAGCGCUCGAUAGAUGAUUGGUGGAGUUGGAGGGCUGGUGCAGAAGAAAAAUUUGGACAUGCUGUGAAAAGAGGAUUGAAAGUGAAAGUACAGCCUACAAGACAUCCUGUCUGGCUAGCAGUGUGAUAAUGCGUAAUAGAUGAGAACUGCGUAGAGAUCAUGACGAGUCUCAUUAGCUGACUAAGAAGACGCUACAAGCUUUUACGUGAGACUGUAUAAGUGGAUGCAGUUCCCCUUCAGCAUUGCAGAACAGUAAAGGAUUGUAUUAGGCACCGUUUGUGACAGCUCUGAGACAUGGCAGCUGCACCCAACCGUAUGUUUAAACUCAUCGGCCGCCGCCCGGAGAAGGCUCCACUGGGCAGUGUUGUUAUCCUCUACUGUUACCUGUCUCCUAAAGCCAGUGCUGUUUCCAUGGCGAUCAGGUGGUUUAAGGGGACGGACUGUGUUUGUCUCUAUAAGAACGGGCAGGUGACAGAGGGGCGGGGCUAUGAGGGCAGAGUGAGUCUGUUCAUUCACGAGCUGGAGAGAGGAAACGUCUCCUUAUUGCUUCGAGAGUGCAGGGAGUGCGACAUUGGACUUUACCUGUGUCAGGUCACCAAUGGAGACACAACAGAGGAGCUCACAGCAAGAGUAUGGUGGCGUCCACUUAAAAGCUUCUUUCGAUUUUUUAAGGGUGGAGUCAUCCCACAUGUCAACGUUGAGCAGUGGUGUAGAAAAUGGACAGAUGAAGAGCGACUGAAAAUGGAGGACUCUGCUUUGCUGUCUGAGUGUAAAACAGAUGUAAAGACCAUGAAAAUGGAACUUCAAGAGAAGCAGAGCUUGCUGGAGUUAACCGAAGAACAAUUAAGGAAUAUGAAGCUGGAAUCGGAAAGAGCCGAGGAGGCACUGCAGAGCAAGAGCAGCCAGCUACAGAUGAUGGUGGUCGUACUGGAGCAACUGAAAACUGAGCUUGCUGAAAAGACCAAACAGCUUGAAGAGAAGGAGAGACUUCUAAGUGAAAGAGACACACAGCUACUGGAAAGAGACAAGCAGCAUGAGGAGAGAAACAAGCAGCUGCAGGACAUAACAGAUCCAGACUCAGCAGUAACAGUCAGCAAGGAGCUGGAGCUUCCACCAAACCUUGGAGAAUCCUCUAGUGCAGCCUCACUGGUAUCACUUCCUGCAUCAGAGCUCAGGCUGGUGCUGCUGGGGAGGACUGGAUGUGGGAAGAGAGCAGCAAAAAACAUCAUCCUGGGCAGAGAGGAGAGGAGCCAGACUGGAGCGUCAACAGUGAGGCAGCAGAGUGAGAGCAGACAGGGGGAGGUGGCUGGGAGGCAGGUGACUGUGGUGGACACUCCUGACUGGUUCAGUCCUGGACUCUCUCUGGAGGAGCUGAGACAGGACGUGGGACACUGUGUCCGUCUGUCUGCCCCAGGACCUCACGCCUUUCUCCUAGUUAUACCAGUGAAGCAGUCUACAGGAGAGGAGAAAGGCAUGCUGGAGAAAAUGGAGGAGAUCUUUGGAGAGAGAUGUUGGAGGAACACCAUGAUCCUUUUCACUGUUACUGAUGAAGUCCAAGAGAAGAGCAUUGAAGAGUUUAUCCAGUCAGGAAACCAGGAGGUCCAGAGACUUGUAGAGAAAUGUGGGAACAGGUUACACUGUCUCAGCAUUAAGGAGAGUGGAGAUGGUUCUCAAAUCUCAGAGCUGCUGGAGAAGAUAGAGAAGAUGUUGGAAGGAAAUGAAGGGGGGUUCUACAGCAGUGAGAUGUACCUGGAGACAGAAUCUCAGAUUACAAAGCAAGAGGAAGAUAAGGAGAAAGUAAGGGAAGAAGAAGAAGAAGAAGAAGAACAAGAAGAAGAAGAAGAAGAAGAAGAAGAAGAAGAAGAAGAAGAAGAAGAAGAAGAAGAGAUCUUAGAAAAGGUGGUGCAGGACUCUCUAAGAAAAAUAGAGGUAUUGAUCCAAGAACAUGAAGAAGAUAUCAGAGAACUCAAUAAACAAACAACUGAACUGGAGAGAAAGAUUAAAGAAGAAAAGGAUAUUAAACAGAAAAGAAAACUGGAGCGACAGCUGAAACAAGAUCUACAGAAGAGGACUAAGAUGGAGAAUAUUAUCCACAGCCUUAAAGAAAUGAGAGAGAGAGAGGAAAGAGGGAUGGAGGAGAUCAGGGAGACGUAUGAAGGAGAAGACAAAAUGGAAGUAGAGAGAAACCUCAUGAAGAUCAUCCUGCCUGAACUCAAGGGGAGCAUUUUGGCCUCAAACUCCAAGAUGCAGGAGGAGUUCAGCAGACAGAUGGAAGAGAAGGACAGAGAGCUGGAGAAAUUGAAACAAAGACUUUCUGAACUUGAAGAGGCUCAACAUCUGGAAAACAAGCAUCCAGAGGCGAGAUCAAGUGGCUAUUCUAAAAAAAGAGCUGAUGUGAAAAAACCUUUAAGUGAAUAGCUAUGAACGGUGCCAACAUGUUACCGAAGGGCAGAUACACUUUAUGUCCAAAUGUUUGUGGACACCCCUUCUUAUUAGUGAAUUCAGCUGCACUAAGGUGCAUUUACUUCUGAAACAGUCAUUCAAAUGAACACAUAGCUUGUGCAAUUUUCAUAGAAAAGCACUGGCAAUAGAACAGGAUGCACUGAAGCAGCUGCAAAUGAGCCUAAGGCCACCCUGUUCAAUGAAGCCUCCCAGCAUGGAGCUGUAGAGCAGUGGAACUGUGUUCUCUAGAGAGAUGAAGCACCAACUAAUACCUUCGGGAUGAGUGGGAGUGGCGUUUGUGAUCCCGAGCUGAUCAUCCAGCAUUAGUACCUGAUUUCACUAGUGUUUCCUGCUGUUUAAUGCAGUCAGAUCCUCACAGCAAUGUUCCAGCAUUUAGUAUAAAGCCUUUCCUGAAGUGUACAGACAUUCUUCUUACUCAUACUUUUGAUUUUGGAAGAAACAUUGGAUGAGCAGGUGUCCACAAACUUUUGGCCAUACAGUAUAUAAGUGCAUUGCUAUUGACAUGACUGUGUAUUGAAAAUCCAAGCAUCUAAUAUAACACAUUCUUUUAUAUUUUCUUUAAAUGUAUCAUUCUAGUUUUACAUUUUUCAUCUACACUCUAAAAAACAUGGUUCUUCAA